ACCCGAAAAUCGGCCCCCCCAAUAAUUCAGAAUGAAGAGAUACACUGAGGAAGACGUUUCAAACGCGCUUCAGGCCAUUAUUGAUGGCUGCUCGACGCGCAAGGCCUCGCGUGACUGGAAUAUUCCCGCCACAACGCUUCGAGGGAGACUCAAGGGCGCAACAACGAUCCGUGAGGCAAAGGCUCCCUAUCAGAGGCUGAGUCAGGCUCAGGAACAGCACCUAGCCCGUUGGAUUAUUGAACAAGGCGCCCUAGGGUUCGCCCCUUCACACUCUCAAGUCCUCGACUUCGCACGCCGGAUCCUCCUCGCUCAAGGGGACGAUAUUCCCCUUGGGAGGCAUUGGAUAGAAGGCUUCAAGCAGCGAUCCCUCUAUUACGACCCUCCCAGGCAAGCGAAUAGAAGCCAGCCGCAUUAAGGGCGUCACCACUCAACGGCUUAAGGAUUUCUUCCUUCUAUUCAACGCCCCUAACGUCAAGGCCAUCCCUCCGUGCCUACGAUUCAACAUGGACGGGACGAGUAUCAUGGAGGGUAUGGGAAUCAACGGCCUCGUUCUAGGCCAGGCAGGGCGUCGGAAAUGCUAUAUACAGACGGCCGAUUCACGCUUCUGGACCACCAUUAUUGAGUGCGUAUCUGUCUGGCUAGGUGGAUAAGAGUUGUUGUAACUGGCUUAAGUGGUCCCUUCCUCCACCCCCCCACCAACGUCGUUAAAACAGAUAACAGCUCAGAUACCAAUGUGGGCAAGGGGCACACUUGGAUCGUCGCAUUUUAGCCACACCUUCACCAUUGCACACACUAGCAACGGCUCGUUCCAUUGAUGCUUAUUCGUGAGUAGGCGAGCCUCUAUUCAAGAUCCAGGCCACAAGCGGUGCCCAGACAGAUAGAGAGCCCAAGGGGUAUCUGGAACACCACCAAGCCUUUGUUAGUGAGAGUGUCAUUUUUACUUGCAAACUCGCAUGCAUUAGCGACAAGAACCACUCACAGCCAAAAAGAACAAGUUAAAAAUCUCGGCUUUUAAGGUUACCUGUGUAAAGACACCCCCAACAAGUCGAUGUCAUGGAUCACGAAAGCAGUCUACAUUGCGAUGAAGGGUCACUUCUCGGGCGCAAAGCUAUUGCCGUGGAUGGGUGUGGUGUUAUGGGAACAAAAUGAUGGGAUCAGACUCGGAAUACUAGCUAACACUUCUACCCUG